AUGGACGCAUCUCCAUCAACGUCGUCAAUGGCCGAUGACGUGAUGGCCGUCGACGUGCUGUCGUCGCUUCUGAAUCCGUUUGACUCGUCAUCGAAUGAUAUAAAGAAGAAAGGACAGAAAAAUACGAAGACCUGCAAAAAAUCGUCCGAAAUUUGGGACCAUUAUCGUCUGUUGAAUGAGAACCAGAACGUGGAAUGCGUUUAUUGUUGGAAAGUGCUGAAACGUGGUGACAGCAGUACGAAAAGCAUGUGGGGACACAUGACAGCAUUUCACCAGGAUGUACUGGACGAUAAGCAAAGUCGAAAGAAACUUCGCGUGAUGGCCGUAGAGCCAAUUGAACGGAAAAAGUACACGACAACGGAUGCCGAGACGCCUACGCAACCAUAUGUAAAACGAGCUCGGGCCGGUGGCAGUAAUCAGGCGGCUCCUCCGUCUGAUAGCGUCGCUCUGGCAUUCCAGCAAUUGCAAUCAGCAAGUCAGUUGGCCAAUCCAUUCAACUUUCUUGAGAACCUACCAAAAUCGAGUGAAGUAAUCAACAUUUCCGCUGGUUAUCCAGUAGAGGAGGAGGAACAAGAGAACGUUCAUGAGGAGAUUCAAGCCGGCUCGUCGGGAGGCUCUCUGGCUGGUGAUACAGCUUCGCCACUCCGUGAAGACGCCGCCACUAGCGGUGGCAGUCCAUCAGUGACGUCGACGAAUCAAUUGAGCGCUUUCAUGAAUAUGGCCACUAAUCCGCUGAUGUGGAAUGCAAUGCUAGUGAACACAUCCACUCAUGGAUCGGCCUUUUCCCUAAACGAUGGGCAGUGCGUUUCAAUGCUCAUGAAAAUGGCUCUCGACCUUGAUCUCACUCUGUCCUAUCACAAGAGAAGGGGUGAUAUAGAGCUGUGCUUCGAAAGUAAUCGAACAGCAGAGAAAAGCGGAGGGCGAGGCAAGGUUCUCUGUCUAUCAGAUAUGGGCAGAGAGAUAAGAGUAAUCGAAAGAGUGAAUGGCACGCCAACUGACACUGAAAUGUGGACCAAAACUGAUUUUAAUCAAUUUCAUUGGGCGAUUCGUGGCAAGUGCCAGAAGGUAUUGGUGAAGAGCUAG